AUGGCAUCUGAAGGCACCGGCAAUUUUACUGCUCUGCCAGGCCACAAAGACCUGUUGACAAGCUGCAAGGAAGAAGAUUUCUUACAGGUGAAAUUCUAUCUCUCUGUCCUUUAUGCCCUCAUCUUCCUGGUGUGCUUCCCAGGGAACAUCCUGACAAUUUUUGUUUAUGUUGUCAAGAUGAGGCCCUGGAAAAACAGCACCAUCAUUAUGUUAAACCUGGCUGUCACUGAUCUAUUAUAUAUAGCCACCCUUCCUUUCCUUAUGCACUACUCUGCUAAUGGAAAUAACUGGAUUUUUGGAAACUUCAUGUGCAAGUUUAUUCACUUUUGUUUCUACUUCAACAUGUACAGCGGUAUUAUCUUCCUUAGCUGCUUCAGCAUCUUCCGCUUUUUUGUCAUUGUCCACCCAACUAAAUGCCUUUUUGUUCAAAAACGGAGAUGGGCAGUGGUGACUUGCGUAGUAGUUUGGGUGAUUUCCCUGGUGGCCAUCAGCCCCUUGGGCAUCUUGGUUGUUAUGAGGUAUACACAGAACAGGACGAUCUGCUCAGACCUGGCUACUGCUGAGGACCUUGACACAAGUAGGUGGUACAACUGGCUGCUGACCACGUUUGCCUUCAUCUUGCCCAUGCUGACGGUGACUCUGUGCUAUGCAUUCAUUAUUUACGCCUUGGCUACCGGGCCCCACACACGGGCUUGCUACAAGCAAAGGGCUCGCAGACUCGCCAUCGUCCUCUUGGUGGUCUUCUAUGUCUGCUUCCUGCCCUUCCACGUCUUUCGGGGGAUUCGGCUGGAGCUCCGAGUACGACCGGUCAGCUGCCAUCUGAAGAACGUGAUCCUUUUUAUGUUUAUCAUAGCUAAAUCUUUAGCAGCCUUAAAUACUUUUGGAAACUUCCUGCUCUAUGUAGUGACGGGUGACAACUUCCAGCAGGCCAUCCUCUCGCUCCUGAAGUUUCAGACAAACAAGAACUUGAAGUAG